ACGUGGCCCAUUUUUGCAUUGGACGAACGAUGCGGUGUCGCUGGCGUGUCGUCGGCCUCGUGUGCCUCCUCGUCUGGCCAUCGACAGCGUUGGGUACAGUGCACCAACACGCAAUCGAGUCGACCACUGAACCAACGUCACCGCUGUAUCGACCCCCCACCGCCGAUUCCCCCGCGACGAUGUCGUCCCCGGCGCCGACAACUCGAGCACCCACCAUGAAAAAGUGCAGCCCCAAGCCAACCGCGAAAAAGUCGUGCGCCCCAAAGACGACCAUGUCGUCCCCUCCUCCUAAAAAGUCCUGUGCCCCCAAAACAACGCCCCCCCUUCCCCCAAAGAAAUCGUGCGCCCCGAAGCCGUCGCCACCAACCCCCACGAAAUCAUGCGCUCCGAAACCCACUCCAACUUCGAUGGCCCCCGACACGCAGGUCGAGACCCCCAACGACGCCCCGUCCAAGCCGACCCCACAGGCACCUCGAUGCAUGGGAUUCUGGGGAGCCUGCCAUGCCACUCUCGGUCCAUCGUGCACGCAAGGAUCGACCUGCGUCAAUGGAACGUGCCGCCCCGUUCGCGUGGGUUUCGAACAGUGCGGCGGCAAAGACUGGCUCGCGUCGUCCGUGUGCGGCACCGACCUGGGCUGGACAUGUGUGCGGCAAGCGCCGUUCUUUGCGCAGUGCUUGCCCGUGGCAACCCUGCAGUGCUCCAACUCGUCGUAGCAUCUCCCGUCCAAGCGCCACAGCUCGCUCACAGACAACCGCAUUUUGUUUUGUGCGUGCAGGAUAGCGUCGCUCGUUUGAGAAUCCACGACUUCCAUGUCACGGCGCUUGGCGGCGGCCUUGGCACGAUCGAUAGACC